AUGAGAAGCUUUCUUCAUCUGUUGACGGUGUCCUUGUUUUUCUUCUUUCUGCAAGAAUGUUGGGGCCGGAAUGAAGAGGAACGCCUCAUCAACUACCUUUUUAAGGAGCGCGGCUACAAGCUUCGUCUGGUCCAAAAUAAAGAUGAUACUGUAGAUAUUUACCUGGCGCUGACACUUUCCAAUCGUAUUUCCUUGAAAGAAGUUGAUGAAACAUUACUAACAAAUGUGUGGAUGGAGCAUUUCUGGACUGAUUAUAGACUUAAGUGGAAUGAAACAGAGUUUGAUAACAUUUCUGUCCUGCACCUGCCACGAAGUAUGGUGUGGUUACCAGAAAUUGUUCUUGAAAACAACAAUGAUGCCCAGUUCCAGGUGACCUAUUACUGCAAUGUGUUUAUCUAUCCCAGUGGAUAUGUGUACUGGUUGCCUCCAGCUAUAUUUCGCAGCUCCUGCUCUAUUAAUGUCAACUACUUCCCUUUUGAUUGGCAGAACUGCUCACUAAAGUUCAGCUCAUUAACUUACAACGCCAAAGAAAUUAGCUUACAUCUGAAAGAGGAGCAGGAUGAGGAUGGAAAGUCCUACAAGGUGUAAUGGAUCAUUAUUGAUCCUGAGGGAUUCACAGAAAAUGGCGAGUGGGAAAUUGUUCACAAGCCUACCAGGAAAAACACUUAUAAAUACAUCCCAAUGGAAAGCAACAAGCACCAGGAUAUCACCUUUUACCUCAUCAUUAGACGUAAACCUCUGUUCUACAUUGUGAAUAUAAUCAUUCCCUGCGUGCUCAUCUCUUUCUUGACCUCACUUGUCUACUACCUGCCUGCAGACAGUGGUGAGAAGAUGACGUUAUCCAUCUCUGUGCUGCUGGCUCAGUCUGUGUUUCUGCUGCUGAUUUCACAGCGUCUGCCUGAGACGUCUAUGGCAGUUCCCUUAAUCGUGAAGUAUCUGAUGUUUAUCAUGGUACUGGUCACUGUGGUGGUAUUGAAUUGCGUAAUUGUGCUCAACUUGCAUUUUCGGACGCCCAGCACCCAUGUCAUGACAGAAUGGACCAAAGAGUUCUUUUUGGAGAAACUGCCUCGUCUUCUGCACAUGUCCUGUCCAGACGAUGACAAACCCAGCCUGGAAGGGGCGCUGCCACGGCGUUCCAGCUCACUGGGGUACAUCGCAGAGGAGUACUAUAGUGUUAAAUCACGCAGCGAACUGAUGUUUGAGAAGCAGUCUGAGAGGCAUGGCAUGGCUGCUCGCCCCACUCCCAAAGCAACGUACACAUCCAGUAAUGGCUCAGAGGUGUCGGAACAGCUGUACAAUGAGAUGAAACCAGCUGUGGAAGGUGCCAAUUACAUUGUUAAACACAUGCACGACAAAAAUUACUAUAAUGGGGAAAAGGACAACUGGAGUGGGAUUGCCAGGACAGUGGACCGACUCUGCUUCUAUGUGGUCACUCCAGUUAUGACGUUAGGAACCAUCUGCAUCUUCCUGACGGGCAUCUACAACCAGCCACCAGUGCUGCCCUUCCAAGCAGACCCUUUCACCUAUACAGAAGAAAACAAGCACUUUUUAUGACCUCUCUACACCA